AUGGAAGUGUUGCCGUUUGUGGAUAUUUUAAAAGUGUUCAAUAACCCCAUUAAUGAGGAGCAAGCUUGGGCUGUGUGUUACCAGUGUGCCCAAUUUUUAUUUCAUAAUCAGAUACAGGAAUAUUAUCAGUUUGUGUACGAUUACGGCAUUCAUAGCAUCUGGUUGAGCAGACAAGGCGAUGUUUUGUUCAGAAAGAUGCCGCCAGAUGUGAAUACAGCGUUUGGGAAAGGGUCACCUCAUAAUCAGCACGGCGUGCAUGGACCCACAUGGCCCACCACAGACCUGUCCAAGCGCAAGCGACACCUCAUGGCUACAGAAAUGGAUGCGGUUCAAGCGCUGGGCACAGCCAUCUUUGAGGCCCUGGAUUACGGCAUCGACCCAUCGGAGGAACGCCAGUUGAGCCAGGAGCUGGAGACUCUCAUUGUCACCAUGACCAACGCCGACAGUUCGCUGGAGUAUGACCCGGAUGCACAGAAUGCUGAUGACGAGGGCAUUGAGAAGGACUCGGACAUAGAACAUCGGUGUGUCCUGCUGGACGUGAUUAGGCUGUGUAGCCAGCACCUGUCCAGCAAGCAAGACGCCCAGCACCACUACAAGGCUGUGUGUCGGGCGCUAGCCACCGAAGCUGGGGAAUUGUUCACAUUCCUAGACAGGAUCGCCUCCUGCAAGGAGAAACUGUCAGAAACAAAGGAUGAAGAUGCCAAGAGACUGGAGGAGCUACAGAGGGCUGACUGGGCCUGCCUGUGGGUACAGGUGACCAGGUCGUUACGUCAGGGCGUCCGCUUGAAGAAAGUGGAACAUACCAGCCUGCCACCACUGGAGUUUGAACUGACGCCCUUCGAAAUGCUGCUGGAGGAUAUACGCUCUCGGAGAUAUACACUGCACAAGAUCAUGGUCAAUGGCGAGAUUCCCCACAAGGUCAAGGACAACGCCCAUGCGGUUAUACUGGACUUUAUCCGGUCUCGUCCUCCAUUGAAGAAG